AUAGAGGGCGUGAGGCGUGUUCCCAUCUGUAACAGUCGAGUAUUUUAGUUUGCUCCUCUACUAAUUUUAGUUGAUUUUAGAGACAUUCUCGCACACUAAAUUGCUACAGUAACUCCUAAUUUUACCAAGAACUCACCAAGAUGUCUGAAACGGCCGGGAAGGUGAUAACGUGCCGCGCCGCCGUCGCGUGGGCAGAGAAGCAGCCGCUUUCCAUCGAAACCAUCCAGGUGGCGCCACCGCAAGCCGGGGAAGUCAGAGUGAAGAUCGUUGCGACCGGCAUCUGCCACACGGACGCGCACACGCUGGGAGGUCACGACUCCGAGGGAAAGUUCCCCGUUGUUCUCGGACACGAGGGAGCCGGGAUCGUCGAGAGCGUCGGGGAAGGAGUCGCCAACGUGAAGCCUGGCGACCACGUGAUUCCGCUGUACAUACCACAAUGCUACGAGUGUGAGUACUGCAAAAACCCGAAAACCAACCUCUGCCAGAAGAUCAGGUUCAUCAACGACAAAGCUCCGAUGGACAAGGUCUGCCUUCUCGGCUGUGGCAUCACGACUGGCUACGGUGCUGCCAUCAACACCGCCAAGGUGGAGCCAGGGUCUACGUGCGGCGUGUGGGGGUUGGGAGGCGUGGGCCUGGCCGUCGUCAUGGGUUGCAAGGCUGCGGGAGCGACACGCAUCAUAGGCGUCGACGUAAAUUCGGACAAGUUCGAAACCGCGAGAUCGUUUGGCGCGACGGAUUGUGUGAACCCCAAGGACCACGGCGACACGCCGAUACAAAAGGUGAUCAUGGAAAUGACAAACGGCGGCUGCGACUACACGUUUGAAGCCAUCGGCAACUCUGCAACGAUGAGGGCAGCACUGGAGUCUUGCCACAAGGGAUGGGGAGAGUCGGUUAUCAUCGGUCUCUCUCCUACCGACAUAUCCACGCAUCCAUCCCAACUCAUCACUGGUAGAGUGUGGAAGGGCACAGCGUUUGGAGAGGGCAGCACAGAUCAGUAA